GGUAGGCAAGACAUUUGGCAAGCUGAUGACCCACUCGCACUUUAAGGGACUUUCUUCUUCAGACCAGGAGAGCUGGACGCAUUUACCGUUACUCAGAGAAGAACUUCAGCGUGCAUUUUGACAGCUGACAAGUGACAAGCAAAUUCGCUUCUUGCAGGCUUGUUUUAUUCCACAAAACCGAUAGAAAGAUCGGACUAUCUGAAAGUCAUGAUGGAGAUGAAGGUGCUGGGAUGCGCGUUGCUUUUUCCUCUCCAGAUCUUCUUUUGCUUGUUAAGGGCGAUCGUGCGUUUGUUUACGCGCCAGAAGCGCAGAGAUCUGGGCACUGAUGUGGUCCUCAUCACUGGAGGAGGAAGAGGAAUCGGCCGUCACCUGGCUAAAGAGUUCGCCAAACAAGGAGCAAGAAAGGUGAUUUUGUGGGGCCGCACGGAGAAAUGUUUAAAAGAGACAUGUGAGGAGAUCUCCAUGACUGGAACAGAGUGCCAUUACUUUGUGUGCGACGUGGGCAACAGAGAGGAAGUGUACCAGCAAGCCAAAGUGCUCAGGGAAAAGGUCGGGGAUGUCACCAUUCUUGUCAAUAAUGCAGCUGUUGUCCAUGGAAAAACUCUUAUGGACAGUGACGAUGACGCACUCCUGAAAACCCAGCACAUAAACACACUUGGACAGUUCUGGACCACGAAAGCAUUUCUGCCUCGCAUGCUGGAGCUCUGCAACGGCCACGUGGUGUGCAUUAACUCCAUUCUCUCCCUCUCCUCCAUCCCUGGAGCCAUCGACUACUGCACAUCCAAGGCCUCGUCUUAUGCCUUCAUGGAGAGCCUGACGCUAGGCCUGCUGGACUGUCCAGGAGUGGGCUGCUCCACGGUGCUUCCCUUCCAUACUGACACAGAGAUGUUCCAGGGCAUGAGAGUUAGGUUCCCUAAGCUGUUUCCUCCUCUGAAUCCUGAGAUGGUGGCCGAACGCACUGUAGAAGCUGUAAGGACCAACACUGCCUUUGUUGUCCUGCCAUGGACCAUGCACUUUCUAGUCAUCCUUAAGAGUCUUUUGCCCCAGGCUGCCCUGGAAGAGAUCCAUAAGUUCUCAGGAAGCUACACCUGUAUGAACACAUUCAAAGGACGGACAUAAACUUAGAAGCAGUGUGACUGUGAAAAAUCCUCAAAACCAUUUUUUUAAUGCAAAGCAAGCACUACGUCCAGGAACACCAAUCUGUUGCUUUGUGGACGCAAAAAAAUUAUAGACUGUGAAAGGGUCAUUGGAACAGCAUAUCGAGAUGCCUUUGUUUUUUCCAGGAACUGUUAUGUCUGCGAGUUUUAUGUGGAUAGAUUUGGAUUUGUUGCCAUAUACUGGACUGCACACAGGCAUGUAGGUGAAUGCGUUCUUUGGAUAAUGUGAUAGUAAGGAGCACAGACUGUUACGAUUAAAGGGAUAGUUUACCCAAAAAUGAAAAUGACCCCAUGAUUUACUCCCCAUCAAGCCAUCCUAGUGCCACUCUCUUCUGAACUCAAGUACGACAGUUAAUGAAAGCUAGAGAUUAUGGUAUGUAAAGUUUUAAAUAUGGAUAUUUUGCUUACACAAACGUAUCGAUUUGCUUCCGAAUGGCUUUAUUAAUCCCCUGGAGCAGUGUGGAGCACUUUCUAUGAUGGAUGGAUGCACUUUAUUUGGCUUCAGAAUCUCAAGCAACAUUCAUUAUAACAUUCAUAAUUUUGUCUGAAAGAAGAACGUCAUAUACACUGAGGCUGAGUAAAUCGUGAGGUAAAUAAAAGUUUUGGUUGAACUAUCCCUUUAAUAAUUUUACAAUGCUCUGAGGUUUUCAUCAGGGCCUGUUUGCCCUUGUAAGGUGUGACUUGGGAGUUUUAUAGAUUUUCACUGAUUUUAAGAACAUUUUUGUAAGUCAAAAGUCAAGUCUUCAACCACAUACGGCAAAUGUAUAUAUUUUUCAAAUAUUUAUAUUUUUUAAGUUGCUGAUAUAAAAAAUAUUCACAUAAACAUCCAAUUUCAAUAUUACGUUUGAGCUGUUUUCUCAUUUAUCUUUUGGCCAUUCUAUAUAUUUCAAUCCAAAUGUAAUACUGUCCGAAACAUAAUAAAAAAAAGUUAAGAUUGGAAGUGAAUGUUCUUUCUCAAAGUAUGUAUUUUGGUUUAAACUAAAUAUAUUCAUUUUUUAUUUAAGCAGUACUGUUUACCACAUAUAUUAGAAAUAUAUUUUGGUCAGGUUAAAAAAUGUAUAUUCUUUUGCCUUAUGGGACUUGUUUAAAGUAAUUCCAGCAUGUCUAUCUUCAUAUUACGGUCAACUUGAAAUAAACAGUAUUUGAGCUUAAAAAAACCACGGUGAGUGUUAUUUUGUGGGUGUUCAUGUUGGUUUGAAAACAGGGAAGUGUCAGUCCCUGGCAGUGUGCUUGUUCUGUCUCUGCCAAAACUCACAGGCAUUUCAUGGUCAGCAUUCCACCGCUGCAGGCCAGCCAAUCGUGAGCUCACUGUGGGCAGGGUUGUCAUAACACUAACUCCGCUAAACAGGAAAGCACACUGGAGAGGGGUCAGCCACUGGAAGACUUAUAGAUGAAUCUAGAACUUGUCAUUUUAUUCAGCUUUGUCACUCACACCUAGCUGAACUGCUGAGGUUCGCUGUCGGUGCAGCUGUAUCGCACCAAACAGAUGGGUAGGUAAUGCAGUGCCUGUUCACAAUUUUCUCCUACGCCUCGAUUUGCCAAAUUGGAUGCAAGAUCUAAGACUGUAACCUCAUAAAAUCAAAUCUACAGGCAGAUGUUUUUUUUUUCAGCGUCUCUCCCUCAAAUUUUUCCAUGCAGUGCAUCCCUGCUGCGGUAUUAGAAGACAAUAGAGUGUUAUCAAAGCACACUGGGGACCGAAACUGACAUACAACAGGCACGAAGCCGCUAUUACAAUUAUGUGAUUACCAAUUCACAUCACAUUCUUCAUUUUACACACUGCAGUUGCUUUGUGGCUGAAAGGAAAAGUUACUUUCUGAUGAACUAUAUAAAAUAAAUAAUGUACGCUGUGGGAAUAAUCACCCAAAAUGUUGUAUAACACAAAUGACAAAAUCUGAAGAAUGAGUCUUGGCAUGCCUAACGGCAAUGAUGGACACUGUUGAGAGUGGGAUCAGGACAUGAAACUGUGUCAUGGAGUGCAUGUGUGUUGGAGAAGUCAGCUCAAAUCUCAGGGGGUGAGUUCAGAGCAAGGUUAGCCAAAUAGUAGAUAAAUCUGAGUAGGUUGUUGGACAGACAGCUCACCCUGUGAUGAACCCUUUGCCCAGAAAAAAUAACUGUUUAAUGUGACCCAGGCACCCAGCACAGGUGGAAAAGUAGUAGGAAUGGGUACUAGGAGAAUUUGUAGGGCACAUGGUAACUCGUCCCUAUCGUAAUAGAUAACUUCAGGGAUGUUGAACAUAUGCCAUUAGCUUUCACAGGUUUGUGAGAUCAUAUUUGAACCAGAUUUCGUCAGACUGGUCUGUGUUACCACAUAUUGUAGUUGUUUGUUUGAACCCAUGUGUUUCUGAUGACAGCAUCUCAUUAACAAAAGCACACUUACGUCUAUGCAGUGCAUGAAUGCUAAAUGAUAGCAAUAGCAUUGUCCUUUUCAGUGUUAUUAAUCCAAGCAGGGUAGGGUUGUGUGGCCACUGCACAUCCAUCUUUAACCAAUGAGUGUGUCAACAUAAGGGAAGAGUCCAUUGAUCUGACAUCUCAAUGGUAGUCAAGAAGAAGAAUGUACAGUAGACAGUCCCUGCAUCCCAAUGUGCAUAUCCACACUAUCUGUCUUAAAUAUUUAAAAGUACCAACAGAAUUUAGGGACACAAUGGGACGUAGGCAAAGAGCUUGAAAAUGCAGCCAUGUUUGACUAAAAGAAACCUCUUUUAAAAAUGUAAUGUUAAAGAAAUCUUGUGUAUAAUGCCAGAGAUGAUCUCAUUUUAAAUACAUUUGAUACAUAUAAAUUACUGUUUUACUGUCAACUGAAUUUACCAUUGGAAGCAAAUUACCGUUUUUUUUAUAUCUCCCGAUAACAAACAUGCGUCAACUAACCAGUUUGCGGCUCCCCGCCAUUUUGUACCCUGUGCAAAUAACUGCAGCAAGCAGCAUGUGAUUGUCAGCCGCAGAAAUGGAGACUUAAAUUAAAAAGGUAUGAGCAAACAUUGUUAAA